CGCAGACGAGAGCGUGAAACUUAACAACAAGGACACAAAUGUGAUGGCAGAGAAACAGGGACACUGUGUUACACAGGGUGCAUGCUGUGAGGAGCUACAGGUGAAAGGACAGAAUAUCGCACAACAGAGACUGAAAGUAGACUGUGCUUUAUCCUUAAAGUGUGGGCCAAGUGAGGAUGAGCAGAAGAGAAGAGCCACAGAUUUCAUCAGUAACAUCAGCAAUAACCAGCUUGCACUGCCGGGAUGUCCAGGGCCCCAAGUGCAAGGUCACCAAGUUAUUCAUGUCCAAAAAAGAACUGAACCCCCCCCGGAAAGUGCUGAACAGGAUGGGAGUCGCCAUGGAGGGUGUGAAAGGGGAAGAGGCUGUUGAGGGUGUGAAAGGGGGAGAAGCUGGGGAGGAUGUGUCGAAGUUAGAAAUGGAGGAGUGUUCAGGGGAGAGUGAAGCCGACCUGGAGUGGGAGAUGUAUGUGAGAGACAACCAGUCUGUAGUGGUGGACACAUUCCAGGGCCAGUUCAAAAGUACAGUGACCUGCUCUGUAUGUCACCACCCUUCUGUGACUUAUGAACCAUUCAUGUACCUGUCUGUACCUCUGCCCAGGGCCACUGACAGACAAAUAGUGGUGACCUGGGUACCCUGUGAUCACUCCACCCCAGUCCGCUAUUGUCUGACAGUCCAGGACUAUGGCAAGGUCCUUGACCUGAAGAUGGCCCUGCAAGUUGUCCUUGGUGGACCACAGGACCAGGACAUGGUUGUUCUGGCUGAAGUGUUUGACCAUCACAUCUCCAGGACACUGGAUGACGGUACAUUGCUGAGAUAUGUCAACGCAACCAACAGGGAGAUCUGUGGGUUUGAGGUGACCCAGGUCCGACCUGCUGACCACCAGGCCACCAACACCAGCAGUACAUGUACCCUGGGUGCCGGGUACACAGGUGGUUCACAGGACCACAGUAUGGCGGACAGCCAGGACCAGGCCUGGGGCAGUCUGAAGCUGGUCAGCACCUGGCGCAGCUGUGCUGUUUGUCUGGAGGAGAUGGCGGACAACCAGCUGUUAACUCACGACCCCGGCUGCGGCUGCUGCCUGUGUGACACCUGCAUGGAGCUAACAUCCAAGCAUUACCUGAACAGUGGAUUUCAGUGCCCGGUGUGCUGUAUACUUGUUGACCCAUCCCUUGGGUUUCGCCGACUGGUCAGCUGUGAAGGGGCCAAAGCUGACCUCAGGAUUGUUCAGAUUCCGGUCAUGUUCCGCUAUGACUACAUGGAGACUGGACAAGAACAGAUGAGGUUGUUUGGGUAUCCCCGAGUGCUGUAUGCACCCAGUGAGGUGACUGGACCUGACAUGUACAGCUCAGUACAACAGUUUCUGCCCCUGGGCACCUCCUAUUCUCUACAUCUCACCAAUGGACAGGGAGUCCACUGCUCUCGCUGUAUGUUCACUGUCCACUGUAGUGGGUGUGAGGUCCCCAGGGAAGGUCCCACCAGUCUGAAGCCUGGUGACCACCUGACCGUCAGGCUGACCGGGCGGUGUGACCAGGACCAGGACAGUGUCCAGGACCACUGCUCCAUGAAGGACUUCAGCAGCACCCCACAUGUGCUCACCUUGGAAGAAAGUUUCAAGGCCUUUACUGAAAGUGAGGAGCUGGAUGAACACAACCCCUGGUACUGCUCGCAGUGUCGGCAGAACCAGUCUGCAAGGAAAACACUGAAGGUGUGCCGCUUCCCAGAAACCCUUGUGGUGUACCUGAAGAGAUUUGUGUUUCAUCAACUCACUGGGAUCAAGAUUGACAGUAAAGUACACUACCCACUGGAAACUCUGGAUGUUUCAGCCUUACAAGAUGACUCCUGUACCAGCUGUCCUCCCACAUAUGACUUACAGAGCUGCAUCCUUCAUUUUGGAGGAGUGAAUGCUGGGCACUACACCUGCUUCACUAAGCACCCGCUCAGCUCCAGUUGGAGAUACUACAACGAUGAGACUGUGUCUCAGCUACAGCCUUCAGAAGAAGAUGCCAAAAAUGUUUACGUACUCUUCUAUCAGAGAAAGGGAACGUCCGUGAGCUUUAGACCCCCAUCUCCUCUACCAGUGGACCACUUCCCAACACCCUCCCCUCCUCAGAGCCCCUGUCUUACCAACCUGGGCAGCCCCAACAUUAUGGAAGACAUCAACGACAUGCUCAGGGACUACAGCUCCACACAGGGGGACCCCCAGGAUGACGGGUCUCCGUUCUUUGGUGCAGUCAAUAUGGCAGACAGGGAAGGUCUGUAUAACAACCAGGCCACAGAAAGUCCUUUCCCUGACCAACAAGAAGAGAUGCUGAAAUUUGAUCUGUAAUGUUAUUCAUCAUAACCAAUUUUUCUUACACUCAAAACAGGCAUUAUAAUGACAAGUGGCCCUUUAACUCUACUUAUUACCUCAGUCUGUAAAGGAGGCACUGUUAUUAGGCUAGCCUGUGUUUAUUUGUGUGCCCGCAGGCAUAACUCAAUAUCCCUUUAAUGGAUUGUUAAUGUUAUGAAUUUUGAUGAACCGUAGGCAUAGCUGAUAAAGUUCCUACCUGUGGUACGUACAGAUUACAGGUGAACAUUUGAUUUGUAUGAAGUCCUGUUUCUUGUCUGUUGAUCCUUGUCAGGUGAGAUCAGUCAUUUGCAUAACUAAUAUGAACAUGGAAUGCCAAAGGAUACGACUUAUUCUUAUACAAUGUAAGGCCACAGCAAGUAAAUUUUAUGGAUGACAUCCUCUGCAGACUGCAAAAAUAGUGCGAUAGGGCGGGAAAAAAA